GCAAAUACAAACAACCAGCGGAACCUCUCUCUCUCUCUCUCUCUCUCUCUCUAUCUCUAGAAAAUCCUGUUUCCGGGCUCCUUCCUCACCGUGCUUAUAGAGCGAAAAUCUGAAACCCUAGCUCCAUCUCUGUCUCGGUUUUCUUCUAGCUUGAGCUGAAAAUGGCGUCGGGUUCUUCGGGCCGGGCGAACUCCGGCUCCAAAGGUUUCGAUUUCGCGACGGACGACAUCCUCUGCUCGUACGAGGACUACGGCAAUCAGGACUCCUCUAACGGAAGCCACUCCGAUCCGGGUCUGGUCACCAGCUCCGGAAAGGAUUUUCAUAAAAGUAGACUUGCGAGACCAGUAUAUGCUGCCCCUGCCUACAGUCAACCAGAGGAUUCUCUUAAUCCAGAUAUGGUUGCUAUUGUUGACAAGAGCAUGAAAAAAUAUGCUGACAACCUCAUGCGGUUUCUCGAGGGAAUAAGUUCUCGACUCUCACAGCUGGAGCUAUACUGCUACAAUCUCGACAAGUCGAUUGGAGAAAUGCGGUCGGAAUUGAAUCGAGAUCACGGGGAUGCAGAUACCAAGCUCAAGUCACUUGAGAAACAUAUUCAAGAGGUCCACAGAUCAGUCCAGAUCCUUAGGGACAAGCAAGAACUUGCUGAGACUCAGAAGGAACUAGCCAAGCUUCAACUUGCGCAGAAAGAGUCUUCUUCAGGCACUUUGCAGUCCAGUGAGGAGAGAGCUUCAACGCCUGCUCCGGAAACCAAGAAGACUGACAAUGCGUCUGAUACAUCAAACCAACAAUUAGCUCUGGCCCUGCCCCACCAAGUUGCUCCACCACAAUCAAUGCCUCCGCCUGCACAAGCCCCCCCUCCUCAGAAUGUGUCCCAACAACAGGCUUAUUAUCUGGCCCCGGCUCAGAUACCAAAUCCAGCAGGUGCCUCUCAGCUUCCUCAUAUUCAGUAUGUGCCCUCUGAUUCUCAGGGUAGGCCAACACAAUUGCAAGAGGUUUCCCGGAUACCACCACCAUCAACACAGCCUCCAGUGAAUCAGUCGCCAACUAUGCAUCCUUUCCCUCAGUAUCAGCAGCAGUGGUCCCAGCAGUUACCCCAACAAGCACCGGCACAGCCACCGCCACAGCAGCAAUCAUCAGUGCCACCCCAAAUGAGGGCCCAAGCCACCCAAGUUUACUCUCCCUACCCACCAAGCCAGCCUGCAAACCCACCCCCGCCGCCGCCUUCACAAGAAACCCUUCCCAACAGCAUGCCCAUGCAAGUGCCAUACUCAGGGGUCCCGCCUCCAGUGUCUAGCCGUGCCGAGUCUGUGCCUUAUGGGUAUGGAGGGCCCACAAGAAUCAUUCAGCAGCAACCUCCACCACAGCCUGUUAAGGGAGCCUUUGGACCACAGCCUGGUGAUGGAUAUGCUGCUGGCGCCCAAACUCCGGUCCCUCCAGGUAGCGGGUAUAUGGUGUACGAAGCUGACGGGGGGAGACCCCACCAUCAACCUCCUCAACAGGCUCACUUCUCCCAGGGCAUGUACCCCCCACCAAAUGUCCCUCACCCGAAUCCACAGGCAAAUCCUCCUAACAAUCUCAUGGUUCGAAAUUCAAGCCACCCGCAGUUUGUCCGGAACCAUCCCUAUAGCGAGCUGAUUGAUAAACUUGCGAGCAUGGGCUUUAGGGGCGAUCAUGUGGCGAGUGUGAUACAGAGGAUGGAAGAGAGCGGGCAGCCUGUGGAUUUCAACUCUGUACUCGACAGGUUGAAUGUGCAUUCUUCUCAGAGAGGGUGGUCUGGGUGAAGAUUUCCGACUUUCUGUCACGAGACAACUUGAUAAUUUCUGCAUGCUUUUUUUUUUAAAAAAAAAAAUAUGAAAUUCAAUAAGGCUGAAGCUACGCUUACGGGUAUAUCCUCAAAUAUAUGUGGGUUGUGAGGUUACCCUUUAGAUUGUUGUAUAUGGCUGACGUUAUUUUAAACUAGUCCUCUUGGAUGUCAUGAGCGGUUAAUUUUAGCUACCGUCGACGGAGAUGCUUUCAAGUUGAAUGUCCCUUCCCUUCCUUCUCCUAAUGAUGUGUACUUAAAACUUGGGUCACUUUAGGUGCGAACUCGACUGAAGUUCCAUUUUGUCUUUA